GAGAUGAAUUCCCCUCUUCCUUCAGAAGGUCAGCUGAUCAUUUACCUCGCUGUAGUGACACCAGCAUCAUCAUCCUCACUGAAACACACUGACGCUGCUGCUCCGGUAAGCUUUGUCCGCCGUUACUGUCUUAUCUUUUUAAUAUCAGGGGUUAUUUUGUUUGUAGGAGAUGUUUUAUUCGGCGUGGACCUCUAACGGUUACCGGCUCGUGAUCAGGGAGACAUCAGUUCACGAGCUGGGGGAGCAGCUAACGUUAGCUUUAGCUCACAUGCUAGUAACGAUGGAAACAGAAGAUUCUAGAGCCACCUGCUGCUAACGGCUCCUCUACAUUAGCACCAUGAAGUCUUUCUCCAUGAUUUUACCCUGAAGGGUGUUUGUUUUUGUCGCUGUCACGGCUGUAGGUCUCCUUCUGUGUAAACUGGUCCUUCUAAAGUAAAGAAGUACAGCAUGGUGACUGAAACUGGAGCUGAUGUUAGCAGCUGAAUGUUGAACUCAGGUUCAGAUUAGUCAAACCUUUCCUGUGUCUGAAAAGAAUCAAAGAGCGACUUUUCUACUUUUCUUCUAUCUGUACUCAUUGGUCCAGGUCUUGAUUCAGAACCACAAUACCCAGGUUUCUUGAGUCUCUUGGUUACAGAUUUUACAGUUUAUUCCUCCUUUAGACCUCAGUGAACCAGAUCAUCAUCCAGAACUGAAAUAUUCAGACCUGUCAGGGUAGGGCUGGGCGAUAAAACGAUAACGAUUUAUAUCGAAAAUUAAUUUCCCGCAAUAUCAAUAUAAAAAAUGGACAGUAUGCUUUUCAAUAGUCGGCGUUCUGCCAUGUAUUAGUAGACUAUACAAAUAGCCAAUGAAAAGGAGAGUUGCUCCGCUUCGGGUCCGCUUCGCACUGAACCAGUCAUGUGCUGAAUUAGAACCAAGUUGCAAACAACUGCGUAGUAGCAGACAGCAGCUACACGCAACCACAGCACUUUAACACUAGAAGCUGACAGCACUGUUGGUGAGUCGAAAAGAAAAUGAGUGCUACUCUCGGCAGAAAUGUAAAUGAAGGCUCAACAGAUGGUGACAUCGUCGACAACACUGGCAUGAAAACGUCGAAGGUGUGGAGGUAUUUUAGUUUUUUGAGGUCUGACAUGAAGCAGAGUAAUGUGCACUGCAAAUUAUGUCGAGUAUAUGAUCUCUCAUAGUUGGGGGGGAAAACCUCUAAUCUUUUUCACCACCUGACGCAGUGACACACGGCAGAGCAUGUGCAAAAGGUUACAAACCCUGAGCGGAGGAAAGAGCCCAUGGCAUCUGUGCAGCCAAAACAGCCGACCAUUCAGUCCGCUUCCUCUAGUGCAACACCUCACGACAAAACGUAGAAGAGACACCGCAGAUGCAGUGGCUUAUUAAUUUGCAAAAGGCGUGCUGCCACUAAGCACUGUUAGAUUUAAUUUCGUAUAUUGUGAUAUAUAUCGAUAUCGACUGAUAUAAAAAACAUUUAUUUUGAUAAACUUUUUCUCAUAUCGCCCAGCCCUAGUCAGGUCUAUACUGUAUUAUUCUGAAGUGUCCUUUACUCCCAUUGAAAACAGUUUUAUCCAUUGGAAACCCUUAUGUUAUGGGGUAAAAUAAGAGUCAUCAAAACCCUGAAACCAUGUUUCUCUAGGAUAAUCACAUCUAACUUUGAUAAAUCUGCUUUUGAUUGUGGAUCAGGACUUAGUCCAUUCUGGUCUUGAUGGAUAAAGUGGUGAAAUUGCCCUUUUCUUCUUGAAGAGAUAAACCAUCUCACCUACAUUGUCUUCUUUGGCUCCUACGUUUGUAAAUUCAUAUUAAUUUAUAGAUUUACCAGUGAGAGGUAGAGCUGGAGUUUUUUGAUGUAACUAAAAUUAGUAUUACUAGAAAUAAAAGGUCACCAUCACUCAAAAUCAACCCCUGCGACUUCAAUAAUUUAUUGUUUGGUGAGAGAUCAUUCAUCGAAAACAAGACGGACAUCUCAUAGGGCCGUUCCCUUCUUUCAAAUUUGCACUAUCCUCUUCAAUGUGUGUUAUUUUCUUGUCUUUUGUCAUUCCUGUCAGUCAGUUCAGUAUGUUUAGAGUUAAGACAGUCCUCCAGAAGUCUUUUUAAACAUGUUUCUAAAGGGAAAUUCAUUUUAUUUUUUACAGUCUCUAUUUUUUACAGUCUCUUGCUUUCCAUCCAAGCAAUGUUUGAAGUGAAACAAAAACGUAGGUAUGGUAUGACGAGUCACUUUGUUUUCUUUCCCAUUAGAGCGACCCAUACUCCCAAAGAUGGCUGACACAAACCAACAAAGGCCUCCUCCCCCUCCUCCUCCUCAACUUGGGCCUGUGGUGAGUAAGCUUCAACUGUUCAUUGAAUCACUUAGUAAACUCUUUCAAUUACUUAUCAUCUCAUUAGUUGGUGUGUUAUGCUGACUGUACAAAGAUAUUUGUCACCUGUAGCAUUUGUCAGCGCACAGAUCUGUGUGUGUGGUGACUUAACUGUCAGAACUACCUAGACAUUCUGUUGAAAUGUUCUUUAAAUGUACUUUAUUUAUACAGCCCUUUCCAACAAACCUUUCAGUGAACCAAAGUGCUUUACAAUACAUAGUAAGAAUGAAUAAAUAAAAACAAUAAAAAGCAAUAAAAACAAUUUAAAAAAAGGAAUAAGAUUCAAUGAUAUAAAUAAAGUGUCACCACGCUACUGGGUAUUAAAAGCCAGCAUAAAUAAAUACGUUUUCAAUCAAGAUUUAAAAAGACCCAGGUCAGAAAUAAGUCUCAUUUCGGUGGAGAGCUUAUAUCAGAGCCUGGGACCGACAACUGAAGAGGCUCGGUCACCCCAGUGUGUGUGUUUUUACACUCCGAUGAUUAAGUAAAACAAACCAAAGGUUUUAUAAUGUUAAAAAUCACUACCCUGAAUUAUUGCCAAUCUUGCCUGAAAAUGUCCAGUGGAAUAAUAAGUUCAAUGGUAAAUAAGCGUCCUUUGUAUAAAGAGUUUAGCACUCAAAUGCCCACUUGACCUGGAAAACAGCUGACAAAUAUUCCAGUUACAGAAAAUUAGAGAAAAAGUGAAAUGUCCAGAAAAUCUUGUGUUGACCCAGAAAACAUUCAAUCUCAUUACGGAGUUCCUCCAAACAGGUGACACUGCCAGCUGACAGAGCUAAAUAUAGUCAAGACUCUCUUCAAAGAAUGAUAGUAGUUCACAGAUAACAGUAUUAAGAAUAGACCACAUUAGAAACACCCCAGUCACAUCAUACAGAAGCCCCUGCAGGUUGGAUAAUAAACCAAAACCUCAAAUAGUGUAGUGUGAUUCAAAUGCUAAUAAAGAGUAUUUGCAGUCUGCUAACUGUAGUUUCAUCUGGUGUGUAGAUAAACUAUGUAUGUAUGUAUUUAUGUGUGUUUUUUUCUUGUGUUAAGAAGUUGAAUAAUGUUAAAACUGUUAGCAUUUUUGGUUUAACCUCAUUAUUUGAAAUGCUAGCUACCUAGUUUUUAGAUCUGGGUUUGGGAAAGUUUGACAAUUAAUCCGGAUGCCAGUGUUAAAACUAUGAACAGCAGACAAAGCACAAGCAAGUCAAAACUGUGGGCACAAUGCAGUCCUGUCAUACCAGCUCAGUUGUCACUGAAAACAUCCUGAAAAAAUUCAUGAGAAUUAUCUCCAGGAAAUUGUGGAAACUCUGCCAAUACAAAAAAAAAAUCAGUGUUGUGAUGCAGAGCUUAAAAUGUAGGGAUCAAGAAGUCAGUGUAUUUGAAAGUAAUGGACUCAAAAUGAAAUAAAAUGACUACUGUCUUGAAAUAGAAACACCCUUUAGAAAUCGUUUUGAAUUAAACUCCAUGUUUUCAGAAAGUUUCAUGGCACUGUCCAAAGUAUGGUCUCAGGCUUGACUCUUGGGUGUUACAUUUGCAAUUUUCCAAAAUUUCUAACAGACAUUUGGACAAAGCUCUGAACUGAGAACAGGUGAAUAAUAAUAAUUAAUAAUAAUAAUCUGAUGUUGAAAGAAAAAAUUCUCCUGUAACUUUUGUUUCUGCUUGUAUCCAAAGAAGUUGGUAAGAUUACAACCCGGCUUUAGUCGGGUGAUGUGAGACCAGUGGUCUUUCAUUGGAUGCAGCUGAAUUCUGUCUCCUGACUUUUUGAUAAGGGGUUGCAAGAAUUAACCUGAAGAUUGAAUUAAGUUGUUUUCGUAGCGAGGUCUGUUUAUUUUGUCUGCACGGAGAACUUGGUUAAGGUAGACUCUCAGAAACAUCUCUCCAUCUCAGAUGAGCCGUUCAGAACUUUGAAACUGUGGCACAGAAAAACUGUAAACUUUUCACCCACGAUAUUUUAUUAUAUGAAGCCAUUUCAGUUUAUCUCUCUUUGCAAUACUAAAUGUAUUUUCUUCUUUUCUCAACAGCAAUUUUUAAUGAGUAACAAGCUGGAAACUGCAAUGUGGCUUUCACGUCUCUUCACAGUCUACUGUUCUAUAAUGUUUAUUCUUCCAAUUUUGGGGUAAGUUUACUCAGUCCCGCCAAAGUGUGAUUUGUAGAAACAUCAAAUAUUUAAAUUGCUUUUUCCCUCCCAUCGUCGCCUAACCUGAACAGACCUCUAAAACUGUGUCACUGCUUGUGUGUUUCAGACCCUAUGCUGCAGCUAACUUCUAUCAGCGAGCCUUGUUAGCGAACGCCCUCACCAGUGCCCUCCGCCUGCAUCAAAGGCUUCCACGCUUUCAGCUGAGCAGAGCUUUCCUGGCUCAGGCUCUUCAGGAGGACAGCUGCCAUUACCUGCUCUACUCACUCAUACUGGUUAACUCCUACCCCAUCACAAGUAUCCUUCUUCCUGAUGUUUGCCACCACAAAUGUUGUUCAAGAGUUUUUUCUCUAUUUUCCUAUUUGAACGCAAAAUUGAUGUUUUUUUCUUGAACUUUGACAGUGAUUUGUUUUAUCCUCUAUAUCAUCCAUGGAGUAUUUAUGCCCUGUUUAUGUCUUCUUGACAUCAUGAGUGCACUCUCUCCUUUCAGUUGUUCUGAUAAGUAUCACAUGAAAGUCCACGAUGAACUGCACCAGGCCUCUCUGGAGGAUUGGAUACAUAACAAGUUAACCUGCAUAACCAAACCUCAUGAUUUUCAUCAUGAAAAAUUUGAUCAAUUUUCAUCCUCUCUGUGUAUUCCACUUUGAGGACCUCCACGUAGUGAGUUGUGUAACAUUUCUUUAGAUGUUUUUGAUGUUGAUCCUUAACAACAGGUCUCAGUGAGCAUCUUUCCAGUCUUCCUUUUUUCUCUGCUUCAUGCAACCACCUACACGAAAAAAGUCCUUGAUGUGAGUAAAUGUAACAGUUCAUCUUGGUUUUUGUCUUUAAGAACUGUUGGUUCAUAACUUUGACUAAAAGCAAUUUGCUGAACAAAUGAAAAAAAACUAUAUAACAUAUUAUGAUUUCAUAUUAAUUAAUAAACAGUUAUUUAUCAUAUUCACAGACAGUUUAAUUACAGAAACCACAAGUUCCCUUUUUCUGUAUUUUAUGAACUCAGCCAAAACAUGAACCAUUUCUAGUUUCAAGCUACUCAAUCUAAUCCCUUUUUUAUUUUUAAUUUUUUUAUCGACCUACUUACCUCACAGUUGUUGAUUUCUUCUCAUGGAUCUCUCUUUGCAGUCAAUGGGCCCCAGCAGCCUGAUGUUCAUCAGAAACCUCCUGGACAAACUAACGACCAAUCAGCAAAACAUCCUCAAGUUCAUCGCCUGUAAUGAGAUCUUCUUGAUGCCAGCCACUGUUUUUAUGCUCUUCAGGUCAGUGUACCUGACUACACUGUUUAGAAACUCAGAAGCUCUUAUUUAGUUAACAGUUUUUCAUGUAUUAUUACUGUCUUGAACUCUAAACAUGUCAUAAAGUCUUAAUUCAUAUCAUAAAUGAUUUGGUUUGAAUGUGUAGUGUGUCAUCGAUAGAAGUAGAUUUCAUCAGUUUUUGGUACAGUUAAUUUUAUACACUAUGGUUUAAAAUGCAAGCCAAAGACAUUUUUCUCAGGAUUGUAUCUUAUUAUUAAAAGUAAUGACUGUAAUGUAUUUUUUUUAACAUAUUCAUAACAUUUUUAUUCCACAGUGGCCAGGGAAGCUUGCUUCUGCCUUUCAUUUACUACAGAUUCCUCACUCUCCGUUACACGUCUAGAAGAAACCCAUACUGCCGGUAAGAUGUUUAAAUAAUACAGUACUAUAAGACAGUGCAGGUUUUUAUUACGUAAAUGAUCAUAUAAUACAAGUAAGUCAUACUCCAGGAUCAGAUGUGAGGAAGUAUUGAAAUAUUUUGUUUGUCAGUGAUAGUCUACAACUCAGCAUGAUGAAUAUUUUCCGCCAUUAUUACCACAAACCAGAACAGAACAGCAGUGUAGGUAUAAACUGGCUGGAAAGUUUGGUGCUAAAAUGCCAGAGAUUUUGGCAGAAAACACGAGACAAGAGAAUUCGAACUAGAAUACUUGAAUUUAGAUUUUAAUUUUGAACAAUCAUUUGACAUCUGUUUCCACCCCAGCACCUUGUUCACAGAGCUGCGGAUCCUUUUGGAGCACUUCAUCAUGAAGCCCGCCUGUCCCGCCUUCUUCAGGAGGAUGUGCCUCAGCAGUAUCGCCUUUAUCAGCCGUCUGGCCCCCACAGGGGUCUGAUCACUCCGCGUCAGUUCCUUUUCUUUAUGUUUCGUUUUUCCAGCAUUUAGGAUGUGACAUAAACCUUGAUGGGAACAGACAUUGCCAUCAACCGAAGGAACUGAUUUUUGAAUGUCAACUUUUCAGACUGUGCUCCAUCCUCUCUGUAUGUUUGAGUACAGGUGAAGAGCAGCCAGUGAUGCACUGAAGUCUCACGCUGAUAGUUUCUUUUAAACCAUCUUCUUAAUGUGACCUCAUUGAAGCAGUGGACACUCUUUGCUUUGUUAUACUCUCCGAGCAGAGCGCAGCAGACAUCAGCUGUGUCUCUAUUUGUGUCAGCUGUUAUUUUUUCCCUCUAUGACCUUAUUUAUUCAUGAUGAUUGCUUACUCUGUGAUGAAACAUUAACAUUCUGAGAUUAGUUUCUUUAAUGAAAAUGUGAUUAUGAAUAUAUAUAUAUAUGUCCUCGUUUCUUAAUAAUAAUCUUGAGAUUGGAUGGAUGGAAGAUGGGGUUUGUUUGCUGCUCCUACAUUGUCAAUUUUCUUCUUUAUGUGCAAGGCAUCUGAUGCUCUGGUUUGUCUUAACACGUUACUACUCAUGUAUCCUAUUAAUGCCAUGAACUCACUCUUUUAACAACAUGCAUAUUCUACGAAGGUAUGACAUAGUGAUGAGAUGAGAUGUCUUGUUUUUUAUAGAAUAUGUAAAGGUACCUGAUACUUUGCUGUAAGAUUCAUUUUUAAAUGAGUUGCUCAGUGCAUGUCAUGUUUCUGAAUGCAUUCUCCCCAUGUUUCUCAGUUUGAAUGCUGUUUUGAGUAUCCACUCAUUUGUGCGACGUAGCUUCCUUGCUUGAUGCAUGCUAUGAUUUUAUUCUCUUGCCAUGUUCAAUGUGUUUAUUUGCCUACAAACAAACCACAUUUUUUAUGAUAUGAAUAAAAUGAUCUCUUAAUUAAACCAACAAAUAAUAAAGAACAAAUAAGAACCAUAUUAACUCCAGAAUCAUCUUUUCAUAGAGAAAAUAUCUCUUAAUUAAACCCUGGUACUACUUUUUCAAUAAAGCCAUAUGUCUGUAAUUUUAAGUCCAUUUACUCUGCAUCAGUGUGUGUAUGUGGUGUAAAUGGGUGGUUAGAAGACUAGAGACAGCUCUACACAAACAUACUGCAUUUACUAUUUGUAUGUGAAAGCGAGAGAACCACAAAUUUAAAAAAAUGGUCAGUCACCUACCACUUCCAUGCCGUAUGGAUGAUCUUUGUAUUUGUCUGUCACUGUGCUUCCAUCUUUCAGGUUUUUUUUUCCUUGAUCUGCCAGGGACUACAGUUAAAAAUUUGCCAUUGGCUAAAUCUGGCAUAUUUACUUUUUUAUGUUCAUUAAUGUGCAUUGUCCCUUUUAAAUAAAUAAAUGAAAAAAUGAAAUACAA